AUGAUGAUACAAUCAUCAAUUAAUAUGAAAUUAUCAUCUAUAAAUCGUUCAACUCAAGUGAAUGAAAUAUUAUCAAGUUGUUUAGUUGAUGCUCAAUCAUAUACAUGUCAAUCUAAUGAUAAAUUAAUUCAACAUAAUGAAAUAUUUAAUCAAAUUGAAACUUAUAAAAAUCUCACCUUUAUUGAUUUAGAUGAUAUACAAUUAACUAAUAAUCAAUUAUUAGAUAAUUUAAUUAAAGAAUCAUUUCUAUGUUCUAUAUGUCGUGGUCUAUUAAAAAUAUAUGAAUUAAUUGAACAUGGAUCUAAUGAAGCAUUAAAAUAUCAACGUAAACAACGUAAAAUUGAAAAAGCAAGUGAAUUAUUAGAUUAUAAAUUAGAUAUAAAUAAUUCAAGAGAUAUAUUACAUACUGUUACAGAGACUUAUGUUCAAACUACAGCAUAUGUUGAUAGUACACAAAGUAACGUAAUGACAGAUAGAACAACUUACUACUCAAAUAUGAAUGAAUAA